AUGUUUACCUCCACAACAUGUGUGCGGAAUGUCAUGUCAACCAUAGGGGCAAUUCGAACAUCACCGGUAAUGUAUGCACGACAGGGUGGUUUGUUUCAAGCAAUUUUUCCACAGUGGAAUGGGAAAUCUUCUCAAACUUCUUCAGAUUCGCCCCACACAGGCAAUAACGAUGAAAUAACAACAAUUCAUAACAAAACACCAUCUUAUAGUUCUUCCGCUGUCACCACAUCAAAAACUGCACAUAAAUCAAAGGUCACUUUGGCAGAGUCUUCCACACCAACGUCUUCUGACGUCAAUUCCUUUCUUUACACGAUUCCACCCCAAAGACGCGUGGCCCGUUGGUUCUUCCCAGGAUUUACGGAUCAAGAAAAACGUGCAGGAAAAAAAACAACAAGCACGCAAUCACAGGAAGAAGGAACAAAGAAUUCCAAAAACAAAAACAACACGUCCGUAAUGAAAUCCAACACGGUAGCAAACACUCCAACAUCAGGGUCACAAGAUGUAGUAGAAAAAGAACAUCGACAAAAAGAAAAUGCUACCAACAAUCCAACAAGGAUUGAACUAAAAGUAUCAGAACAGCAUUCUACGCGUGGUGGUGCUGCCAUUGGUGGGACCCAGCCCGUAAGGGGUCUUUCCGAUCACCACCUCCCGUCUGCCUUUCGCGAGUAUGUGGAGCGGCGCAACCAGCAUCUAAAGGCCAUUCUGAUGAAUGCGCUUGGCAGCGACUUUGCAAAGGCCGGUGUAGACAACAAUGGAUUGCGUAUGAGCUUUUCUGCUGCUGCGUCAGAGGCGGCAAAGCGUGCAAUUGGUCUCCGGCGUGUGUCGCCCAAGCUUCUCAUUUCGUGCGUUGCCGGGCCCGACAACGUCUGGGACUGGGUCGACAUUACCGCGCAUCCAACAGCCGCCCUUGAUGAGUACCGGAAUGCGCUGUCUGAGGUUCUGCUUGAUCUCGGUGCCCACGAGACGCUCGUGAGCGAUGCACUGGAGCCCAUGCUGCUGCCACAGGCAACUGUUAUUCGCGGGUGUCAUUGUCUUGUUGUGCGGUAUGCAGUGGACGUUGCCAGCACUUCCAUGGAAAGCUUUCAGGACCUCACAAACCGCUUCACCAUCCUCGUGACGGACACGCGUGUUGUGACGAUUCACCGGACGCACUGCGCGUUUGUGGAGAACUUGAAGCGUAACUGGUCGCAGGUGACGGGGAAGCGUGGGUCACAGGGACGAAUUCAUCUUCUUAGUUUGCUAGUGAAGGAGUCUGUGGACACGUUCAAUACUGCUCUCACCCGGUCCCUUGUGGAGUUUGACAGGUAUGAGGCGAGUCUGUUCUCGCCCGAGGGUCAACGGUCGACGCUGGCGCGGGAGAUCUACCAUAUCAAGCGUCGAGCGUCGGUGUACGCCCGCACGCUGAACCUUAUCGGCGAUGCCUACACCCAUGUGUGUAGUGCCCUCCCCAUCUUGCCGACCAAUGUGCAGUUUCAGGAUGUACAGCAGGACAUUGCGCAUGUGAGAUCGAUUUCAGAAGAGUUAAACGCCAACGCCGACUCUGUUCUACAGCUUCUGUUCCAGUUAUCUUCCUACCAACUGAAUGAGCUGAUGCGUGUGCUGACCAUAUUUAGUGCUUUCUUCAUUCCGCUGAGCUUCAUUGCUUCCAUCUACGGCAUGAACUUCACUCACCUGCCUCUUCUAGAGGAUUCUUAUGGACAUGUGUAUUGCGUUGCGUUCAUGCUGGUGGUAGGAGGGGGACUUGUUAUGUGGUUCAAGCUAAAGCGUUUUAUGUAA